AUGGACCACUGCCCACGCAAUCCGAGGCUCCUGGGCGUCCGGCUUGGAAUGAGCUCUUUGGCCCCUGGGGUUCAGGUCAACGCUCCCUAUCUCAUUCUUCAUGUAGCAUCUACGCAUCCUCUGGCGUCAAGUGCUGAUGACGUCAUCCCGGCGCUCCACCUCGCCCCCUGGCCGUGUCGGCCUGGUUCACGUGGGUUUGUCCGGCUCUCCCCGCCCCCUCCCACCUGCGGGGGGCGGAGGCCGGACGGAGGGGGCGGGCCCGAGCUGAAGGAGGCGUGGCCUGGGCGGGGUCGCAGGGCGCGGCGGCAGUCAGCCGGGCUGCAUACAAUAGCCAGGCUGCGACCGGGGCCGAAGGUACCGCCGCACGGUGGGCGCUCCUCAUCGCUCCCCCAUACCUCCCCGACCCACUGCACCUCUAGGCUGCGCGGAGUCCUCUCCGCUAUCACCGGGUCUUCGCAGUCGCCCGUGCCCCUUCAGAGCCCGCGCUCUCCACAGUCUCCUCAGAGUAGGCUCCCCUCAGCGAGCGCACCCCGCCCCCUCAUAGUCCCGGCGGGCGCGCCUCCCGCUCCCCGCGGCCCGCAGCGUCCCGCCCUCCAGACCCCGGGCCUGAAGGAACCCGGCGCGAGCGGUGUGAGGAGAACGCGGGGCGGCCGCCCACGCACACUCCCGCGCUCUCUCCGGGUUUGGCCGCCGCCAGGAGGAGGAGGAGCGGAGCGAGCGCAGAAGCUUCUAUCUUGUUUGAAACAAGGACUCUUGUUUCUACUGCUGUGCUGCCAUAAACUGGACUAGCUAACCU